CACCUCCAUUGAAAUUAUCCAACCAAAGGUCUUGUCCACAGUUGAUUGAAUCACAUCUCCAUGGAAACACCCAAAGGAUUCCAAAAUCUAAUCAACACUAAUAUGUCUGAUCUUUUUUGGUUUCAAUUUUGUACAUAGGGAUCACUUUUUGCACUGCCACCUUUACCAGAGGGAAAUCCUGUUUCCUGCAGUGAGUAAUCAUUUGGGGUUCCAGCAACUGGUACAAACCCUGGAGGACCAGUCCAUCCAGCAGCACUUGGUACCUGGUUGUAUCUUUUCCCACCUUGCUGAGUCUCUGCUUUGCUUCAUUUAGUAGGUUUUUUAUAAGAUCGUCUUUAGCUCUGUGGACUUUGAACCUUGCUUGAUUUAUAAAAUUGGACAUCUGAAUCAUUGGUGUUCAAUGUGCUUUUCUUUCUUCUUGUAGUAUUCCAUAAUCUUCAGACUUUGGGUUUGCACAAGAGAACCUUUCUCAAUGUUAAACUCUUCUUCUGCCUUUUCAUCUGUUUCUUCUGCUUUCUCAUUAGCUGAAAUCCAUCAUGUGUUUAAUUUGCUUUUGCAUGUCGGCAUCACUGAGGACCAUGGCAAAAGUGAUACCAUCCAAGUGGGCAAAGCCUCAAGAUUAGAUUUAAAUAGGACAGUGGGAGGAAUGGAAGAAGAAACCCCCAUGCAGUGCUUGGCUUCUUUUGCUUUUCCCCAUUUGUUUUGUGUUGAUAAUUUCUUACUGUGUUUUAUGGUCCUUUUAUAUAUUAGCCCUUUGCCAUACAUACACACUCAUUUUCUUUUUUGGCUUUUCACUUAGUUUAUAUGCAGAAAUUUAAACUUGCAUAUAGUCAAAUUUACUAAUCUUAAUUAAAUGUUCUGGGUGUUGUGUCUUGCUUAGAAAGGCUUUAUUCAUCACAUAUGGCUUUUAAAAUAUUUUAUGCAUUCAUAGUCUCAUUUUUAUUUUUAGAUCUUGAUCCAUUUUGGUGUGAGGAGUUAGUUAUGGGUUAAACUUUAGUUAUUUUUUCCCCCCUCAGGGGGCUACCUGGUUCCAUCAUAGCUUAGUGACUAAUUCAUUUUUACCCUCUUUGAAAUACUAUCCUCAUCAUAUAUCAAAUUUCGAUAUGCAUUUUAUUUGAUUGGGUUUCUCAAUUCUUCAUUGAUCUACUCAAGAAUAAGUAUGAAACACUUCUAUUUUAUUGGAGUUUUAAAAUUCAUUUCCACAUUUGAUAGUCCUCCCUCAUCUUUUAGAAAUUUCUUGGCUGUUCACACACUUAUUUUUCCAAAUGAGUUUUAGAAUGCUCUCACCUAAUAAGAGCAAUUCCAUUAGAGUUUUCAUUGAGACUACAUUUCAUUUACAGAUUAUCAUGGGGAGGACUUAUAUCUUUAAAGAAUUGAGUCUCCUUACCCAAGAACAAGCAUUUGUGGGAUCCUUCUCCAGUCUUUACCUUCCUCCAGAGUUCUGAACAAAUAUGGAUCAACUCAUAAACAGUUUGGAGGUCCAACUUAAUUCAGAAGGUGGCUCAAUACAGGCAUUUGAUCAGGUUAUUGGCCCUAUUCAGAACAGAGUUCAUCCUGAGACAACAGACAGAGGUAGCAUGACAUCUGCACCACUUCUGGAUGCCCAACCCAUGGAGAACCCAGCACUUUUUGAUGACAUAAAGAUUGAACCCCCAGAAGAGCUUCUGGCUAAUGAUAUCAACCUGCCCCAGGUGGAACCAGUUGACCUCUCCUUUCACAAGCCCAAGGCUCCUCUCCAACCUGCCAGCAUGCUGCAAGUUCCAAUAUGUCCUCCCAAGCCACAGCCUGCUCCACAGACCCUUGUGGUGUCCACUUCAACAUCUGACACAGGCACUUCAGCAAACAUCCCUACCGUUCUGACCCCAGGCUCUAUACUGGCCUCCUCUCAGGGUACUGGUGGCCAGCAAAUCUUACAUGUGAUUCACACCAUCCCCUCAGUCAGUCUGCCAAAUAAGAUGGGUAGCCUGAAGACCAUCCCAGUGGUGGUACAGUCACUGCCCAUGGUAUAUACCACGUUUCCAGCAGAUGGGGGCCCUGCAGCCAUUACAGUCCCACUUAUUGGAGGAGAUGGCAAAAAUGCUGGAUCAGUGAAAGUUGACCCCACCUCCAUGUCUCCACUGGAAAUCCCAAGUGACAGUGAAGAGAGUACAAUUGAGAGUGGAUCCUCAGCCUUACAGGGACUGCAGGAACAGCAAGAACCAGCAGCAAUGGCUCAAAUGCAGGGAGAAGAGUCUCUUGACUUGAAGAGAAGACGGAUUCACCAAUGUGACUUUGCAGGAUGCAACAAAGUAUACACCAAAAGCUCUCACCUGAAAGCCCAUCGCAGAAUCCAUACAGGAGAGAAGCCUUAUAAAUGCACCUGGGAUGGCUGCUCCUGGAAAUUUGCUCGCUCAGAUGAGCUCACCCGCCAUUUCCGCAAGCACACAGGCAUCAAGCCUUUCCUGUGCACAGACUGCAACCGCAGCUUUUCUCGCUCUGAUCACCUGUCCCUGCACCGCCGGCGUCAUGACACUAUGUGAGCAGUGCAGGAGGCACUGGGGGAGUUGCACUGGCCCCCUUCCCCAGUGUCUGCUGAGAUCAAGAGCAUCUUUUCCUCUUUGACUUCAACUUGCUUCUGGACUGGGAUUAGAGUCAGGUUGAGGAGAUUGGAGGAAAAGAUAGCUAGUCUCCCAUGGGGCUCCUCAUAUUCCACCAUCACCUCUCUCCAGUCCCCAGUUUUAUCAACCUCCACAAUGGAUUGAAUUCCAGUGUGGCACCCAUGGCUGCCCCCCUGUGUGCUGAAAUAGGACAUUUUUCCUCUAAUAACAAAACAGGAAUCAAGCUCAAUGCUGUGAACAUACGCUGCUCUUUUUUUUCUAUUUUUUUCUAGAAUUCUUUUCCAUAUUUUCUUUGAAUCAGUACUCAUAAGUGAUUGGUAGUGUCCUUUAAAAUGACUUUUUUCUAGUUCCUAGAUGGAAGGGAGCAUAGCAAUGUAAUUGGUUGGUAAGUUUUACAGGAAUUUGGGCCUUGAGUAUAGGGCACAUUCUCAGUUAAUAAGCUGAGUCCCAUACCAAACUUAAAAGUUCUGGAAAUCCAAUCUUAUUUCUUCUUACAGUUGAGUUUUCAGACAGUGCUGGUGCUUUUGCUUCUUAAGUACAUCAAAGGGAGUGAAGAGAUCUUCUCCUCCUCCCCCUUCCUCUUCCUCUCCCUCCUCCUCCUCUUCUUCCUUUUCCUCCUCCUCCUCCAGGAUUAAAAAUUUUGCUGCACAAUUACAUUAUUUGUUAUGAUGAAUUUGAACAAAUAUACAAAGCACACAUAAUAGGUCAGCAGAGAAAAAAGUGUUACAGUAGAGUAUGUUAGGCAGUGGCAGGAACAUGAAGACCUGGGAUGAUCCUGAGAAUAAAUAGAGUGGGGCUUUCAUUUGGAUAGGAUAUAAAAAGUGCUGUUAAUCACAAACUCAUUCAGGUGGCAACCUGUUGAGUCUUGAAGGGCUGCACUGUACUGUUUAUUCUUCUGUUUACAUAAAGUAACUGUUUUGAGCAUACUGCAUGAUAAUAAAUCACAUGCUGGGGCCAUGCUAUACAGUGGUAAGGGGUUAGAAGAAAGGAAUUUUAUACAUUCCAUGGCAUUGUUGACAUGCAUCCCUGUGUUUCAAAUGGAACAUUAGAUGCUUUCAGUAAAAGCUAAUAUAUAAGAAGGCCUCAACUUACAGCAAUUCUGUGUACUGCAACUGCUAUAAUCACCUAAGUCAUUUCUUUUUGUCUUUAGAGAAAACCAUGUGAUAUAUACAUUUUUUGCCCAGUCAUUCUGCCUCAUGAUAUUCUCUGAGACAACAGCCCUCUAUCCUGGCCCUGGACCUCACAUCUACCUCCACUUGGCAUAUUUCCUUUCCCAAGUGGUCUUUGCAUCACUUGGUCUUGGACUCAACCUCUCUCCUAAAGGUUGUCUUCAUAUUGAACCCUUCUUUUCUUGGCAGAUAUUCAUCUAGUCCUCGCUUGAAUACUUUAGGUUACUACUUCCCAAGGCAUAUUUUACAGAUAAGGCAAAUAUGUGUUGGAUUAUUUUUCCAGCUAUUUCCUCAAGUUCUUGUAGAUCUACAUACCCAUUCUCCCAGGGAUCACAUUAUUAAACCAAAUAAAAUAAUAAUUUUUGUGAUUGGUUGCAAUAUUUGGCCAAUUUUAAAUGCUAUGCUUCAGAAAACUUUAGACCACUUACAAAAUAAUUUAUAGUUGAUAAAAUAGGAAGUAAAAUGUGCUUGUGGUCAUUGCCAUAUAACAUUAGGCACACGAUUUUCCUACUCUAACACUUUCUACAAUAUCUCAGAUAUCAUUUCAACUUGCAAUGCCUUUCCAGACAAUAAACCCUUCGUAGAUUCAAAGACUGCCUGUACUUUUCAAAAUGACAUGUGGGUUUUUACUAAUUUCUUUAUUUUCUAGAUAUGAGCUUUUUUCUGACUUUUUGGUGUGCAUAGUCUAAGCUGUAGACUAAUUGCUAAAGCAGUCAGAAAUAUCUAGGGUCAGCCUGUUAAAGGGGACCUCUUUGUAGCUGUAAGAUGGAUUGUUAAAGGUUAAUUACCAUGAUACAUAGGUGUAGGCUUAUAGACGAGUAGCUGGUACAGUGUUUCACAGUAGAGUCCAAGAGCUUAUCUAUCUCUCCACAGUUUGUACCCUGAGACUCCUUUCCAAGAGUCAAGAACAGAUCUGAGAAGGUGAUCCCUGUACUCUGCAGACCUUAGGAUCUUUUGCAUUGGGACAUAUGAUCUAUUAAUAAAGGUUAUCAAACAUACUGGUUUACUAAUUAGGAUGAUCAAACUAGGAUCCCAAAUACUUGGUAACCCUGCCAUUCCUGGGACUUCUUUCAUAUUUUUUUUCUGAAAACUAAUGAAGGAUUUUAUAGAUGCUUUGCCAAUUGUCUACAGUCUGGAACCAAUUCUAACUCUAUUUUUAUUGCUCUCUUACCCCCAGAAACUGAUAAAAUCCUUCAGAUUACUUACAUAUACUUUGCAAAAUAUGUCAAGAUUCUUUAAGGGUAUUAUAGAGUACAGGAAUGCAAAUACAGGUCAAAUACAGAAUUACUGCACCAAAAGUACAUAAAACUUUGCUAUGGGGUGAAAAGAAACUAAAAAUUGUCUGCUUUAGAUAGCAAUUGGGGUUUAACUGAAUUUGCUCUUUUCCCAUCAGCAAAGCCCUGUUAGUGUGAACAGUUGCCUAGGACAUGGAAAAUGAAAUUUGUUGCAUUGGAAUUCACCCAUAUUUGAGUGACAGUUGAACAUAAACAUUGAAAAUGAUGAUUGAAAAAGUCAGGAAAAAACUAUGAAGAUUAUGAACUGGUUGGGUACAUUAGAUGCAGUGAGAUAUGGGAAGAAAGGAAGGCUUGUGACAGUAACUUUUUAAAAUAAUUUUUUAUUAUAGAGCACUUUUAGAUUUACAAAAAAUUGUGAAGAUAGUACAUAGAGUUUCCAUAUACCCCACACCCAUU